AUGGUUUUCUCUUCUUUCUUUUUCUCGCUUCUCUUAGUCUUCUCUAUCUUCUCUUCACAAACGGCCGUAGCAUUCAUCGGAACAUACGGUGUAAACUACGGACGAAUAGCCGACAAUCUCCCAAACCCUAACGCGGUAGCGACUCUCCUUAAAUCAGCAAAGAUCAGAAACAUCCGUAUCUACGACGCUGACCACUCCGUCCUCACUGCCUUCCGUAACACCGGCAUCGAGAUCAUCGUUGGCCUAGGCAAUGAGUUUCUCACGGACAUUAGCGUUGGAGAAGACCGAGCCAUGAGUUGGAUUAAAGAAAACGUUGAGCCUUUCAUACGUGGCGGUACUAGAAUCAGCGGUAUCGCCAUCGGAAACGAGAUUUUAGGUGGCACCACAAUCGAGCUUUGGGAAGUUCUCUUGCCCGCGGCCAAGAACGUUUACACCGCUCUUCGCCGUCUCGGUCUUCACACUAUCGUUGAGGUGUCGAGUCCACAUUCGGAGGCGGUGUUUGCGAACUCGUACCCACCGUCGUCUUGCACGUUCAGGGACGAUGUGGCACCGUUUAUGAAGCCGUUGUUGGCAUUUUUCUGGCAGAUUGGGUCGCCGUUCUACAUUAACGCUUACCCUUUCCUAGCGUAUAAAUCGGAUCCGAGUCAUAUUGACCUCAAUUAUGCAAUCUUCGAGCACACGAAUGGCAUCUACGACGAGAAGACUAAGCUUCAUUACGAUAACAUGUUCGACGCCAUGGUCGAUGCUUCUUAUGCCGCUCUCGAGAAAGCUGGCUACACUAAAGUGCCGGUGAUUGUUUCGGAGACGGGAUGGGCAUCGAAAGGAGACGCAGACGAAGCCGGAGCGUCGGUGAAGAACGCGAAAACAUAUAACAGGAACCUUAGGAAACGGCUGAAGAAGAGAAAAGGCACACCGUACAGACCAGACAUGUUGGUGAGAGCUUACGUGUUUGCUCUCUUCAACGAGAAUCUGAAACCGGGUCCUACUUCUGAGAGAAACUUUGGUCUUUUUAAACCCGACGGUAGUAUUUCCUACGACGUUGGCUUCACUGGACUCAAAUACUCUUCUGCCACACGGUGCCGUUUUGGGGCGUCCUUGAACGCUCUUGUAUCGGCUUGUGUUGUAAUGUUUCUUCUUCUUCACCGUUUGUUACCCUUGACGUGA